AUUUUUGUUCUUUAUCUGCCAUUCUGACGGCACAGUCCAGGUAGCUUGGGAUGAUGAAGGUGGAUAGGUGUCUAUAGGGGAAGGUCAAAAUGCUGCAAUGGCAAAAAUGUCUCAGGCAGUUGUUAGUGCAGAAUAAUAAUAUUAUCAGUAAUUUAUGGUUCAUUCCCAGGAUUUUACACAUGGGGUUCAGGGCAGUGUAAAUAUGUAUAUUCAUUUGACAUAUACAGUACUGUACCUGAAGAGGAAAAGCUCUUGUUGCAUUGCUCUCUUUGAAGCAAGGCUGCUAACUCGAUUGCUUAGAGGGGUGUGUGUUUUCUCUUGUUUACAAUACAGAUUGAAGAAUGUCAUAAUUUGUCAAGUGUUCUGUAGAAUUGGCAAAAUUACAUAGUUUCCCAUGAAUCGUGCCAAGACUAAUGAAUCUGCUCUACAGCGGUGCACUAAUAAUGGGAUUAGGUGCUCUGUAAUCCAGCGAAAUCAACUGAAUCCAUUAAAGUCACUUCUCUUUAAUACCUUGCUCUUGGCAGAGAUGUAUUGACUGUGUGGAUAAUACAGUGCAGUCAUGGCCACAAUUUAAAAUGUACAUGUUUAUGACCGUAAAUUCACAAUGUCUUAAAAGGACUGCAGUCCAGCAUGGGGGUAAUUGUCUCUUGAACUUUGGGUUAUUUGGGUCACUUUCUCCUUCCAGCAAUGGACCCGUCAUCCCAUCGCAAGAAGACAUCUUUAUAAUCCAUUAUAAAGACCAUUGCAGACAUGUCUGCGAUUAAACUGACACAAUUCGCGUAAAUACAUUACAUUACAUUUGGCAGACGCUUCUAUCCAAAGCGACGUACAGUAAGUGCACACCAAAGGUCAGUGGCCAACACUGGUCUGAUAGGAUACAAUAAUCAGUGUAACAGGUAUCCAUAGCCAUGAACAUCAAGUCCAGUUCACACAGUAAGAAGAGGCUAGGGCAGAAAGUUAUGAAAAGUCAAAAUAGAAUGAGGCAUAACGACAAGAUAUGAUAAAGCUACAACUUCAAGAUAACAAUACAAGUGGAAUAUACUUACUGGAUGAAGAUACAAGUGUAACAUGAAAGUGUUGGAGAAUGAAGAUAGAAAGAUACGUGUGAUGUGAUGUUGAUCUGAUGUUGUACAGGACAAAUCUGCCGGACUGAGACGUUGCUGUGAUGUGCUCCUUGAAGUCCAGCUGCUCAUCAAGGACUACCCCCGGGUUCUUAGCAGAGUACCAUUGACAGUGAUGGAGAGCUCUCGUAGAAGGGGGGUCUUGUGAGGGAUGAAGAGCUGCUCCGUCUUGUUGAGAUAUCACUACUUUAUAAGAAAAGCUUUUUUCCAUGCUUUUUAAAAAGAACCAGAGUGAUAGUUGUGUUCAUCAUCAUCAUCAUCAUCAUCAUCAAUCUACAAUUUCUUUGGGUCCCAGUGGAGAUUUUACACAGCAUUUCUAUCUGAUUUCUUUGAAUGGUGUGAAUGUUUUAUAGAGGGUGGUGUGUACAUUAUUAUAACUUAUGUUUACUGGUGCAGCUGAGGUAAGGUUCAUAAGGGCAGCACAACCCCCCACUCCCCCCACCCCAGAUUUAGCAAACUAACAUACUCAGCAAAUCGAUUUCCCACCUGUCAAACUUAUUUCCCUUCAUUUACAGUUUACAAUUUCGUCGUUUGGCAGACGCUUUCAGACAAAUUGACUCAUGAAAGUGCAUUGACCUUUGCACUAUAGCCCGAUAUUUUUAAGGGGAUAUCUACCCUCACGACUUUCUUUAACUGAAAUAAUUGGUGGUGAGUGAAAAAAAAAGGUUUGUCCCGAUGAAAAAAUAAACCACUCAAACCACCAGUUCUGUUAAAAUUAAAUCAAAUAGCCUAAUACAUGUAUGUGUAAUGCAUUGAGUUAGUUUCAACUAUAUUUUAAAGAAAGAUCCGUUUUCAUUAAAGAAAACUGUUAUGGUGGCACUUCUUGCAGACUGCAGAGUAACGGUUAUGCAUAAUAGCUUGCCUUGUGGCGAAAGAACUGUGGUCUAUGUGGACCAGGUGAUUUUUCUUCACUGGCACUUCACUCUGAAAAGAGGUUUUUUUAAACUAUCCAACCCAAACCACAUACUUUAACUGCGGUAUAUCUACGCCAUUGUUUUACUGUGGGCGCGUGUGCGAAUCAUUAUGCGCCUGCUACAGAAAUUACUGAAGAAUUUAAUGGUUUAUCAGAUAAUUGGCAUGUUACUUUUGUCAUCGCUUUUACAAUUCUGUACAGUAUUGCUUUGGUAGUUUCAGAAAUGCAUUCAUAAAUUUGUUCCUAAGAUUUACAACUUUUAAAUACAUUUUAAUUUUAAUUGCGAUGAUGUCAUACAAUCCGUCCUUAAAUACGGCUAAAACAACAACAUUGAACUUUUCCACAGUAAUACCGAACAUUCUUCCCACCAAGAACAGGUCUUUUGUCCCGCAGCUCUUGUCGAAAAGAAUGUGGCGACGCCCCCACACUUCAUUACUGUCAUUUGUACUUCUCGUCGCUGUGGUGACCCUGUCCGCUGCCGCGACGACCCUGCGCACGUUCCGUGGCUGUGCGGUGCGGGAGUUCUCUUUCAUCGCACACAAGCCAGGGUGUCGCAGUCUGCGGAUACAGACAGACGCGUGCUGGGGUCGCUGCCAUACCUGGGAGAAGCCGGUCCCGCACCCCCCCUACGUGCAGCGUCACCACCGCGUGUGCACGUACAGCCGCGCGCUCCACCUGACCGCUCGGCUCCCGGGGUGCCGCGCCCACGUCUCCCCGCUGUACCCGUACCCGCUGGCGCUGCGGUGUGACUGCGCCGCCUGCUCCUCCCAGGACACCGAGUGCCAGACCUUCUGAGGGAGCGGCCCGCUGCGCGCUGACCAAUCACGGCACGGCCUGCCGACAACACCACCGCAGGGGGAUGCCCAGUGCUGUUCCCGGAGUUCCUGGAGUAGGUUUUUACUCCAACCCCAAUUUGGCAUAUCUGAUUCUAAAAAUCAGCAGCUAAAAGAUAUCUCUAGCUGUUUAAUGAGAUGUGCUUUAUUCAGGUUGGAUUGAAAACCUACAGUAUGGUAGAUCCUCAGGAACGGGGUUGGGCAGCUGUGAACCACAGCAAUGUCAUAUCACAGUCAUAGUGUCGUAGCUCAGAGCGGCAGUCUGAUGCAACACAGGCAUCCUGCAGCAACUCAGCACAGCAUAGGUGUAGAAAGGCUAAUCAAUGUGGCCUUACUUUACACAGUAAAAACAGCAAAUGGCUGACUAAUUAUUCAGCUCUCGUUUCUUUUGCAAAGGAUUUUUCAGGGACGCAAGAAAACAACAGAACAACAAAUGUUUUUCUUUUCCUCUCCAUUUUUAUUUUUUAUUUUCAAUAACAACACCACCAUAUAUAUUCUUGGUUCUUACUAUAAAACUCAUAGAAAAUUCAAGCUCAUCGAUAUAAAUUAAGUGCAAACAUUCUUAAGUCAUGAAUGAAUGGAGCAAGCAUUGAAACCAGCUGUGCAGUACCGUGUUUCUAAUGUCUAACAGCGGGAAGAGGGACAAGGCUGCAGGAUUUCUCCCUGAUAACAAUCAGAAAAUAGCAGAAGUGAUUUUCCUACACAGUGAGUAAAAAUCAAUGCUAAUUGUGUUUCUGGUUUGGCGCUUUUCUUUAUUAAUGCAUACACAGUGUAACUGUCCUUUGUAACAAACUGAAUAAUCCUGAAAUAAACCAACAUGGAAAA